CUCAUGUCGUCUACAUUGACCACGCCACCUUAUAUUACCUGGCCAACCGCAGUGCCCAAGGGCAUGCUGGUUCUCAAACCCGAUACAAACGAAUAUCCCUGGUACCCAUAUCUUACGCAACCGUGGGAGGACAAACCGCUCCGCGAGUGGGAAGAGGAACGCGAGAUUCGCAAGGCUUUCAAGCCCUUUCGCGAAUUGCCUGUGGUGUUUGAUCCUUGGGUCGAACCUAUGAAGUAUGACCCGCCGACAUUUUACUACGGCUGGCCUGUGGACCCAAGAAUCACGAAUGCCUUCGCCAUCAAGGAGAACUUAGCCUGGUAUUGGAAGGAAGAUGGGAUGGGAUGUGAAUACAAGGAUCAGGAUCUGGUCACUCCUAACGAUCACAUCAACGACACAUGGACACGGUUGCAGGUGCAAGAAUUUUUCCAGGGCGUGUUGACGUUUGAAUAUGUGUACGACUCAUCAACGCCUCGGAGUCGGCCCACUUUCUUUUGGUCCCUCUACUCGAAUUAUACGCAUCCUCAUCAGCGUCCGUCGAAGAAGCAGAUUGCGAAGCUGCAGGUCGACUUUGGACAUCGGGAUAUCCCUCAAUGGUAUUUGGACGCUGAUACAUAG